AAUGUAGAGGCGCGCGAGCCGGGCACGUGACCUGGGGGAGGAAGAGGGGGGGGAGAGGGGUCACCUGACCUCAGUGCCAUCCGGCGUCUUGUUGGGUCAAGGCGUUGUUGAAGACGCCGAGAAAGACGCUCGAGUGGGGAGAUUCGAGGAGGCAGCCAGCGGCCGUCGAGACUCCGGCGGCAGAGACUCCGUCCCCCGCUCGGGGGUGCGUUCAUCCGGCGUCGUGAUGUCUUGCCUGACCGCGGCGCGGGCCCCGCUGGGCCUGGUGUCGCUCCCCCUGUGCUCCGCCACGCUGCUCGCCCUGAUUCUUUCACUGCCCACGACGACCGGCGACGUUGUGGCUGUCGGCUGGGACAACCGCACCAUGGCCUUUGACGACAUGCCCGCGAUGUUUGGCUACCAGCUGCCCAAGGAAGGGCUCAAGGGCUACCUGGUCUACGCCAGGCCGGCCAACGCCUGCCAGCCCAUCGCUCCUCCGCCGCACAACAGCACCGCCGCCUCCACCUUCAUCGUGCUCGUCAGGCGAUACGACUGCAACUUUGACGUGAAGGUUCUGAAUGCCCAAAAGGCCGGAUUCAAGGCUGCGAUUGUGCACAACGUCGACUCCAACCAGCUGCUCAGCAUGGGCACCAGUGAUGCCGACAUCUGGAAGAAGAUUGACAUCCCCUCGGUGUUUGUGGGGCAGAGCACGGCCAACCUCCUUCUCGAGGAGUUUGUGUACGACGUCGGAGGCCACGUGGUGCUAACGCCGGACUUCUCCAUUCCGCUCGAGUACUACCUCAUCCCCUUCCUCGUCAUCGUCGGCAUCUGCUUCAUCCUCCUCGUCGUGUUCUUGGUGGUGAAGGUGAUGAGGGACCGCAGGAGGGCGCGCAGGAACCGCCUUGCCCGGGAACAGCUGCAGAAGCUGCCCAUUCACAAGUUCAAAAAAGGGGACCCGUACGAGGUUUGUGCCAUCUGCCUGGACGAGUACCUGGAAGGGGACAAGCUGCGUGUGCUGCCCUGCUCGCACGCGUACCACUGCAAGUGCGUGGACCCGUGGCUCACCGGCUCGAAGCGCACCUGCCCCGUGUGCAAGCGCCGCGUGAUUCCCUCGCGGCGGCGGCGGCGCCGGCGGCUCGGCGCCCCGGAGAGCGACUCGUCGGGCUCGGAGCCGUCGAGCGACUCGUCCCCGCCGUCGCCCUCGUCGCCCUCCGACUCCGGGCCGGAGGAGCCGCGGGAGGGCGAGCGCACCCCGCUCCUGCGCUCCGGCCGCUCCUCGUUCGGUUCCAUGGCCCCCGGGGCCCCCUCCCCGGCCGCCGUCCGGCGGCAGGAGGAGCGCCGGCGGCGGCGGCGGCGCCGGCAGCGUCGUCACGGCGACGGCGACGCCUCCGACGGAGGGGACCGGCGGCGUCCGGAGCGCGAGGACCCGCGGGGUCGGGCGGCGGCGGCGGCGGCGGCGGGCGUCCUCUCCGCCUCUCCGUCGUCGUCCGUGGCCUCCUCCACCUCUUCGUCGACGGUGUCCACCUCGUCGGAGUUCGACAGGAGCGAGGGGCGGGGGGCCGCGGCCGAGGGGGGAGGGGACCGCGGCGCCGACGCCGUCGUUCCCGCCGCCGCGCCGGCGCUCGCCGGCGGCGCUCCGCCGGGAGCCGCCGGCGAAGAGGAGCGCCCGGCUCCGGCGGCGCCGGGCGCUCGCGACGUGGUCACCGUCCAGGUGGAGAAACACGAGGAUUCCCUCACAGGCCGGGGCCAGCUGCAGCACGUGUGAUGGGGGCUGUGAGGCGUACGCGUCUGCGUGCGUGCGGUUGCGUGUGCGCGCGCACGUGGGGAGCGGUGGUGCAGCGGUUAGCGCGCUACGCUGCGCUACGAACCUGGCGACCCGAGU